CCUAAACCCCUUCUCCAAGUUCCCCAUAAAAUCCUCUUUUUAGUUUCUUCUCUCUUCAUUUUCUACCAAAAACCCUAAACUUCUCUGCUUCGUUUUGAUCAGGAGCUGGUAAAAUGAAUCUCAACAAUGUCAAGGUUCCUAAGAUGCCUGGUGGUGGUGCAACUUCUGCUUUGAUCAAGCUUGGAGUUAUUGCUGGUCUUGGUGUGUAUGGAGUUGCCAACAGUCUCUACAAUGUUGAGGGUGGGCAUCGCGCCAUUGUUUUCAACCGUAUUGGUGGUGUCAAAAACAAGGUUUAUCCAGAAGGGACACACUUCAUGAUUCCUUGGUUUGAAAGACCAGUCAUAUAUGAUGUUCGUGCACGACCCCAUCUUGUGGAGAGCACUUCGGGAAGUCGUGACCUCCAGAUGGUAAAAAUUGGUCUUAGGGUGCUCACUCGUCCAGUUGCAGACCAACUACCCACAGUUUACCGUAGUCUUGGUGAAAACUAUAAUGAAAGGGUCCUACCUUCAAUUAUUCAUGAAACUUUGAAGGCCGUGGUUGCCCAAUACAAUGCUAGCCAGCUCAUCACCCAGAGAGAGAAUGUUAGCAGAGAAAUAAGGAAGAUUUUGACAGAAAGGGCAGCCAACUUUAACAUUGCUCUUGAUGAUGUAUCCAUAACAAGCCUGACAUUUGGGAAAGAGUUUACUGCUGCAAUUGAAGCAAAACAGGUGGCUGCUCAAGAAGCCGAGAGGGCAAAAUUUGUUGUGGAAAAAGCUGAGCAAGAUAAGCGAAGUGCUGUUAUCAGAGCUCAGGGAGAAGCUAAGAGUGCUCAGCUGAUUGGUCAAGCUAUUGCCAACAAUCCAGCAUUUAUCACUCUCAGGAAGAUUGAAGCAGCCAGAGAAAUCGCCCAGACUAUUUCACACGCAGCAAACAAGGUGUACUUGAGUGCCGAUGACCUGUUGCUUAACCUUCAGGACUUCAACUUGGACACUACAAGAAAGUGACUUGGAUAGCGCAACUGAUUGAUGUUUCAACUUUCAAUAUUUUGUUUUCCUGCGAGCCUAUUGCCCCUUUCAUGUUUACAUAGUGACUACUUGAUAGAUGGUUUUCUUAGUUAUUUGAACUCUUGAACAUGGAAACAUUGCAUGAGAAACUAUUGU